CUGCGGUGACAGGGGCCGCGCGCGCGCGCGGGACUCCGCGGGGUCGCGUCUGCCGCACCUGCGCCGCCUGCCAGCGCCGGGUCCCGCCCGGCCAGGCGGGCGACGAGGGCCGGGGGAGCCGGUGCGGGCGCAGGCGGGGCCCCUCAGGGCCACCUCCUAGCCCCGCGGCGGCCGCUGGAAGAUGUCUCAGGAGAGGCCCACGUUCUACCGGCAGGAGCUGAACAAGACAAUCUGGGAGGUGCCCGAGCGUUACCAGAACCUAUCCCCGGUGGGCUCCGGUGCCUAUGGCUCCGUGUGUGCUGCCUUUGACACAAAAACUGGGUUACGUGUGGCAGUGAAGAAGCUCUCCAGACCGUUUCAGUCCAUCAUUCAUGCCAAGAGGACCUACAGGGAACUGCGGUUACUUAAACAUAUGAAACAUGAAAAUGUGAUUGGUCUGUUGGAUGUUUUUACACCUGCAAGGUCUCUGGAGGAAUUCAAUGAUGUGUAUCUGGUGACCCAUCUCAUGGGAGCAGACCUGAACAACAUUGUGAAGUGUCAGAAGCUCACGGACGACCAUGUUCAGUUCCUUAUCUACCAGAUUCUCCGAGGUCUCAAGUAUAUACAUUCAGCUGACAUAAUUCACAGGGACCUGAAACCUAGUAAUCUAGCUGUGAAUGAAGACUGUGAGCUGAAGAUCUUAGAUUUUGGACUGGCUCGACACACGGAUGAUGAAAUGACAGGCUACGUGGCCACUAGGUGGUACAGGGCUCCUGAGAUCAUGCUGAACUGGAUGCAUUACAACCAGACAGUUGAUAUUUGGUCAGUGGGAUGCAUAAUGGCCGAGCUGUUGACUGGAAGAACGUUGUUUCCUGGUACAGACCAUAUUAACCAGCUUCAGCAGAUUAUGCGUCUGACGGGGACCCCCCCUGCUUAUCUCAUUAACAGGAUGCCAAGCCAUGAGGCAAGAAACUACAUUCAGUCUUUGACCCAGAUGCCGAAAAUGAACUUUGCAAAUGUAUUUAUUGGUGCCAAUCCCUUAGCGGUCGACUUGCUGGAGAAGAUGCUUGUAUUGGACUCAGACAAGAGAAUCACAGCGGCCCAAGCACUCGCACACGCCUACUUUGCUCAGUACCACGAUCCUGAUGAUGAACCCGUGGCUGAUCCUUACGAUCAGUCCUUUGAAAGCAGGGACCUCCUGAUAGAUGAAUGGAAAAGCCUGACCUACGAUGAAGUCAUCAGCUUCGUGCCGCCGCCCCUUGACCAAGAAGAGAUGGAGUCCUGAGCACCGGGUUUCUGUUUUGUUGAUCCCACUUCACUGUGAGGGGAAGGCCUUUUCGUGGGAACUCUCCAAAUAUCAUUCAAGUGCCUCUUGUUGCAAAGAUUUCCUCCAUGGUGGAAGGGGUGUGUGUGUGUAUGUGUGUAUGUGUGUGCUCCUGUGCGUGUGCAUGUGUGUGUCUGUCUUUGGGGUGGGGGGGUAAGAGAAUACAAGCAAACUGAUCACAGUGACUUUACGUGGAAAGUUCCAGAAGCUCUGUGGCAGCAACUGCUUGCUCUUUGUGAGAGCCAGCUCAGGCAGGCAAGAGCUGCCGUCUGGUUAGGGUUUAUCAAAUGCAAAGUAAAAAAUAUUAAAUGUCCCAGAUCCCAUUCAUGCUUUUGCCAUCUUGGCCUCUCCCUUGGGCCCCGCCUUGCUGCAUGGGGGCAGACUCGCCUGCCUUCCCUAGUGGCAUAGAGAGAGGGCUCACUCUUUCUGGCUGCUUCAGAAGCUGUCACUCAGCAACACGCGCAGCCAAAAAGGACCAACUGGCUUCUGUGCACUAGUCUGUGAUUGACUUUGCUUAAUAUGAUUCUCAGAAUUCAGCAGGUGUGUCUGCAACUGUAAAUAUGCUCGUGCCUUAAAAGGAGAGAAGAAAGCGUAGGCAGUUCGAGAGCGGCAGCAGGUGAAGUUCUGAGCCGGGCAAGUAGUCAGGGUGUCGGACGGCCACUCAUGAACCCAGAGGAACCAGGGAGCCCUGGAGGCAUCGCGUGUGCAUGUGUGAGCAUGCGUGUGUGUGCUUCUCUCCCGCCCCCCGCCCCCCGGUGUUGCCGUUUCGCUGCUCGCCCCCACCUUCCGUGUGGAGGUCUCACGCGUGUGAACCCAGCAGGCAGAAGCCGGUGCUUGCUGUCCGUGUACUUCCCGUGUGCUCUUUAUUCCCCACGGAGUGAUGAUGUGUUCUGCACGUCUUGCUAUUUGAGCAUGCGCAGCUGCUUGUCAGUUCCCUUCACAAGGCCCUGGUGCCGGGCAGAUCUGUGCAGAGCCCAGGUCACCUCGGCCCGAUGCCAGGGGCAGGUGACAUCACCCUCUCUCCAGCUACUUUGUGUUGAACACAAUUGAUACUCUAGGUGCUUUUGAUGUGAAAACUAUGAAGAAAUGGAACAGAUGGGUGGAUAGCAUUUUCACUCUUGCCGUCUGCUUGUUGGCAAACUAUUUAUAGGGAACCGUCACAGGAAAGAUCAGGGCUCUUCCCAGGAAUAUCUCAGACUUUGAAAAACAAAUUGUUCUCUUCACUCCCAAUAGCCAAUGCUAAGAAAUGCCGAAAAUCAAAGUGAAAAAGAAAAACUCAUGAGGCCAGAAACUCCUUUUGCUCUCUUUGUCUAAACAUGGAGAUUAGAGAGGUAAUGCGUGCCUUUUCCGCUCGCUCUUCUUUGGGAGAGGGUCUUCUUGGCAGCGUAACGUUGCAAUCUUGGUCUUGGCUUGGGGAGAAACAGAUUUCGUUCCAGAAUUUUGUAUAUUGCAGGAAUCUUUGGGAAUGUGAUUCCAUUUGAUGGGGGGAAAGGGCAAAUUAUUCUAAUAUUUUGUAUUUUCAACUUCACAAAGAUGAAAUAUCCUCAGGGUAGAGAAGAGUCGCUUCCAUAAUUUUCUGAAUUUCAGGCAUCUUGUGCCACCUAAGGGCCCACGCGUUUAAACCUUUUGUGAAAUAAGAAAGCUCAAAGCCACUUCCGCUAUUGGUGAUGCGGCAAAAUCUCGUGUUUGGGACAAGGUGUAUCCAUUUCUGUGUCACAGUCCGUGGUGUGUGCCCUCGGAGGGACGGGGAGCCCCCGUGAGCCGGCUGGAGGGCGAAGGACGGAGGCGGGCUGAUGGUGGCCGCACCUCACCUGAGGCGCCCCUGUCUUUAAAGGAAAAUGGACACAAAGGCUUCAUCUCCUUCAUGUGCAGUUCAAAUCCUCACAGUCCACAGCAAGAUGAAUUUUAUCAGCCGUGUCUGGUCGUAAAUGCCAGUGUGAUUUCCUGCAGAAAUACUGCUCUGGAUAUUUUCUCAUAAAGGUCUUUGCACAUGUGAUCGUGUAUGUGUUAGGCUAACUGUGCUCUAGGAGCCUGGACUCGCGGAGCUGUGGGGGAGGCUCCUUGAUUUCUGAGCCUCGGGCUCCCAUCUCCUGAUUUCUCUGAACAGAAAGCGAAAGAGAGAAUGAGGGAAACUGCUAUUGUAUUUGUAUUCAUGAACUUGGCUGUAAUCAGUUAUGCCGUAUAGGAUGUCAUACCGUAAAUACCACUGGUUAAAAUAAAGCCUAUUUUUCAAAGUUAGUUGCUCAAAUUUCUUAUAUUUUUAUGUUGAUGGUUUUUUAUUUAGUGCACAAUAUGGCAUCAUAUCGAUGGUCUUUCAAUUGUGGCCUGGCGUACGUUUCUGAUAGAUCUUAAUAUUACUCCUAAAAUUUAGAAAACACAGAGGUCCUUAUUGUAUACUUUAUGGUGAAGCAGAUCUGAGUCUUUGAUGGGGAUGGGUAGAGCAAAUAGCACUUGAGGUAUAGAACACAGCAGGCUCUGUAUUACUACGCCGGGUGUCAGAGUGGCCCAGGUCAGGGGUCCGCGUAGCCCACUAAAAGUGGUUUCUACAUUUUUAAAUGGUUGAGAUCAAAAGAACAGUAUUUUUGUAGCAUGUGGAAAAUAAUGUAAAAUUCAAAUUUCAUGUCUACAAAUAAAGUUUUAUCAGAACACAAA